UGGCCCCCCGUCGUGGCGCAGGAUGGGCGCCCCGCCAUGCCGAGCGUGACCCCGUCACCCUGGCGGCCGCGCUCGGUGCAUGGCGGCACCUGCCGAGGCGCCUCUUCCCCAUCGGCGCCUGCGCUCGCCGCGUCCCCGGAGCCACCGGCCGCCCGGGUGACUCCGGUGCUCCGUGCCGGCUCUCGGGAGCUCCCGCGUGUCCCCAUCGGUGCCCGCAUGGCGCCGUACCGCAUCCGGCCGUACCGCGAGGAGGACUACGAGGCCGUGCGGUGCCUCUUCGCCCAAGGCAUCCUGGAGCACGCUCCGGCCGGCUACCGCCACGUGGUGCGCUCGGCGCGGGCGCAGCUGGGGCUGUUGGUGCUCUUUGCCGCGGCGCGGGCGGCCGCCGGCUCGUGGCUGCUGGGCCUGGCGGCGGCGGCGCUGGCGCUGGUGGCGGCGUGGCCGCUGGUGCGCUCCUUCAGCACGUCCUAUGUGCGCCAGGCGCUCAGCACCGACCUGCGCGACAUCGGCGCCAGCUACCUGCGCCCGCCCGACGCCGCCUUCUGGGUGGCGGAGGCCGGCGGCGCGGUGGUUGGCAUGGUGGCGGCGGCGGCGCCGCAGGACCCGGCCGAGAGAGGCUCUGCGCUGGAGCUGAAGCGUAUGUCGGUCAGCCGGGACUUCCGCGGCCGCGGCGUAGCGCGGGCGCUGUGCGGCGAGGUGCUGCGCUUCGCCCGGGCGCGGGGCUACGGCGCCGUGGUCCUCUCCACCUCCAUGGUGCAGGUGGCGGCGCAGCGGCUCUACGAGAGCCAGGGCUUCCGCAAGGUGGGCACCUUCAGCCCCUCGCCGCUCGGCGCCCUCCUCUGCUUCCACAUCUACCACUACCGCUGCGACCUGCCGGCCCGCGCCGACACCCCGCCGCGCUAGGCACCGCCGCGGCACCACGGCCCCGGUGCGUCAGGCACCGCUGUGGCACUCCGGAUCCCGGUCCUGGCACACGAGGCGCCGUCGCGGCAUCCUUGACCCGGAACAUUCCACGUGAGGCACCACUGUGGCAACACAGACGCUGAUUCUGGCACACACCACACCAGCGCGGUAUCCCUGAUCCUGCCACGCCACACAAGGAGCCGGGACAGCACUCCACACCCCUGUCCUGGCACACACAGCACCGUCGCGGCACUCCACACCCCUGUCCUGGCACACAAAGCACCGUCGCGGCACUCCAGACCCCUGUCCUGGCACACACGGCACCGUCGCGGCACUCCACACCCCUGUCCUGGCACACACAGCACCGUCGCGGCACUCCAGACCCCUGUCCUGGCACACACAGCACCGUCGCGGCACUCCAGACCCCUGUCCUGGCACACACAGCACCGUCGCGGCACUCCACACCCCUGUCCUGGCACACACAGCACCGUCGCGGCACUCCCGACCCCUGUCCUGGCACACACAGCACCGUCGCGGCACUCCACACCCCUGUCCUGGCACACGAGGCACCGUC